UCACAGCAAUUCUCAGCGCUGACUGAAAUCCUCUUCCGCUUUCUAAUAGAGCCCAAGGAGGUAGAAAGGUUUCUGACUCAGCUCUCAGACUUUGCCACCAUGAAUAAAAUCAGCUUGGGCCCCCUGAAAAACAUUGUCAAAAGUAUUCUUCUGGUACCUAAUGGUGCCCUGAAGAGGAAUUUGUCUUCUGAACAAGUCAGAGCAGAUUUUAUUGCUCUAGGCCUCAGUGAAGAGAAAGCCAGUUAUUUUGCAGAACAGUGGAAGGUGAAUUCCCCCACCCUAACACGCCUGGCUGUUGGUCAGACGCUGAUGAUUAACCAGCUGGUAGAUAUGGAGUGGAAGUUUGGAGUGACUGCUGGGAGUAGUGAACUGGAAAAAGUGGGGAGUAUCUUCUUACAGCUGAAGCUGGUGAUUAAAAAAGGGAGCCAAAUGGAAAACGUAUAUAUAGAAUUAACUUUGCCCCAGUUCUACAGUUUCCUGCAUGAAAUGGAACGGGUCAAAACCAGUCUGGAAAGCUUCAGCUGAAACUGCAUGGGCCUGAACCAACAUCUGUCCAGGAUGUUUAAUUUCUCCUUGUGGGCCUGCAGAUCAUCUUUCCCAGCAGACUCUGACAGCCUGGUAAAAGAAGACAAGGCUGUGCAACAAGCAGUGGUGUCACAGCCCAGAAGGACCCAUCAGUCCUUCAGAACCUGAAACUUUGGCAAGUGUUUUGAAGCAGCUACAAGUCCACUCAUCUCUUUUUUUUUUUUUUUAUACUAUUAUGAGAAAUAGUGGUCAGAAAUAUAUGGAUACUUGUAUUAAAACAGCAAAGAAAUAAACCCAUUCCCAUCCU